AUGGCCACGCCCCACCAUAACCAUCACCACCACGUCCAAUACGUCCACGACAGCGAAGACACCUCAGACUCAAAUGAAGAGUUUGCCAGUGCCUCCGAGGGUGACGAUGACCUGCCAUGGGAACCCGUCGUCAUCAGGAGUCCAACCAUCUCCAGGCAGAGUCCCAUCUCCCCCGCCCCGUCUUCUUCUCAGGUUCAGGUCGAAACCCCUCGUCCAGCCCACGCUAUCGCCACCCCUACCAACGCGACCACGACGACAGGAACAACAACAAUAACGAGAAGCACGUCUUCUUCGUCUUCAAGUGUCGCCACUACCACAACUACGACGACCUCACGGGCCUUGACAGCUACCACAAGCUCCUAUGAGCAACAACAGCAGCAGCAGCAGCAGCAGCAGCAACAACAACACCAAGAACAGCAUGAUUUUGACCAAGGACGCCAGGAACACUACCACUACCAGCAACAGUCCCAUGAUGCCUCGCCUCAUCUUCACUCGCAUCGCGAACAAGAUCAACAAUGGGAGCAACAGCAACAUCACCAACAACAGCAGCAGCAAUGGACCCCUACAUCUGUCCAGCUUGAUGCUUCAACCCCAAGGACAUAUCACGCUCACCGCGAGUUCUCGUCCUCUUCGUCGUCCUCGACGCGGCCACAGGGAAGCCCUUCACAACCCCCUCGCGGAGCAGCACCCAAACUGAGAGAACGGAUGCGACAGAGUCCUGUCCUUCACUCAAGAAUUGUGCAGGCCUAUCUAGACCCCAAUGCGUCUCAGGCUCAGCGUCAACAGCAGCAACACGUAUCUUCCGAGAAUGUCCGUCAGGCUUGGCUGCAGGACGCUCAUCAGGAAAGCAUUGCUCCUGUUCCAAGUUUUGAGGCACCUUCACCUGUGGAUCAGCACGACACGGAGCAAUCUUGGAACGAGUGGAAUGAGGACGAAUACGAGGACCAAGUUCACUCAGACCACCACCACCAGGAGGAGACUGCAUGGGGCUUUGACGGCCAGAUCGACAUUGAGGGUGGCGCUCAGCCUGCCGAACAACAAGUGGAGGAGGCUUGGGGUUUUGAUGAACCCGUCGACAUUGAAGGAGGGGCUUUGCCUCAGGUUGCAGAGCCAGCAGCGGAGACAGCCCGGGGGAUUGACGACAACAUUAACGUUGAAGGAGAAGCCCACUCGGGAGAACAAGCAGAGGCUGCUUGGGGAUUCGACGAUGAUAUCCAAGUCGAAGAGAAUGUGCAGGAACAGCCACACACAGAGCCAGCCCAGGACCCCAACAAUGCUCAUGUCAAGGAGGAGGAGCAACCACGCGCCCAUCAUGACGAGACAGCUUGGAGCUUCGAUGAUAACCUGCAUGUGGAGGAGACUAUGCAGCCGGAUCUGCAACAAGUCGAGGCCGCCUGGGGCUUUGAUGAUAACACUGACAUUGAAGGCGAUAUCCAGGCAGAGGAUCUCUCACCAGAGCCCAUCGCAGUCGUCGAAAACACCACUCAGCUUGUCGAGACCGCCCACCCAGAUCAGCAUCAAGGAGGGUCAGCCUGGGACAAUGACGACAACAUUCAUAUCGACGAGACCGCUCAACCAGGACAACAUCAAGCAGAGUCAGCCUGGGGUUUUGACGACACCAUCGAUAUCGUCACCACUACUGCUACUCAUGAGCAUCAGCAUCCGGAAACGACUGCAGACGUCGAAGUGGGGGCCAGCGUCGACAUGAGCAGCACGGCAUCGGACGAUCAUCAUGUCGGAGCUUCUUGGGGUUUCGAGGACAAAAUUGAGAUCGACGACACUCCACAAGUUGAGCAGAUCGAGUCUGCAUGGGGCUUUGAUGAGCCUAUCGCGGUCGAUGGACAUAUCAGUGAACGCGAGGUUGAGCAGGCCGACAACUCUACCGCCGCUGUGGAACCAACCUACCCUACCAUGCACCAGGCUCACGAGAGUGAUGCAGAUUCGUGGGACUAUGACGACCAAGCUAUCGAGCUCAUCGAGGAGGCUGCUGUCCAGGAAAUUCACUCUGGUUCCUUUGCCGCCGAUGAGCAUGACGACAAUCUUGAUCGACAGGAUUUCCAACCAUCUCACGCCAGCACGACGGAUGACUCCUUCUCAGAGCAUGUUGUGAUGCCACCCUAUUCAGCGACACCAACCGCCGACAAUUACGAGGACGACCGGGAGUUGGCAGUAGUUGUUGAUCAUACCACAACGGACGGAUCGCACCAACUGGUUCAAGAACACCCCCCACACGCCGACGCUACUGUUUCUGAAUCUGACAACCAUCACAAUCUGUAUCACACGGUGCCUGACGACGCCCACAGCGCUGAAUCUGCUGGACCGAGCGAUGCUGUUGAGGUGACUGAAGCCGAGCAGUCAUGGGGGUUUGAUAUGGGCGAGGUUAUUGGAGGCGAAAAUCUCGAAUCGGCCGCGCUGGACAACCCUUUGAGUGAAAUUGCUCAGGAACCUUACCAGCAUGAGGAAGCCCAUGUCGUAUCAUCAGCAGACGACAACACCAACAGCCAGAUCGAACAGGAAUCUUUCGUGGCAAGCACAGUUGAGGCGACUGAAGGCGUUAUUGAAAACAUUAAAGCAGCAGCCAUUGCUGAUGAGACUGAGCGCGCCGACCAAGCAAGCGACGAUGAGCAUGACUCUGAAGUCAGAGAGGUCUUGUUUGCUACUCAGCAUACCCCAGUCGCCAUUCCAGAGGAGGGCGAGAGCUCCGAAAUCUCACCAUUCGCAACCAACUCUCGAGCUCAUUCUGGAAACUCGGUGUCUUUCGACGACAGCAAGCCUUAUUACGCUGAUGCCGCUGUUACUUCAAACCUCCUUGUGAAGGAAGACGCCGCACCAUCGCACCGGCCUGAUUCUAGAGGAAGCAUUGGCGAACCGAGGCGGUCCGCGUCUGACUCAGAAGGUAGCGACAUUUAUGGCGACCUUUCGACUGCCUACACUGGCAGGAAUAUGCCUUCCAACCGCUUGAACGAAAUCCUCGAUGACGACGACUAUCUGGAGCAUAUGGAGCGCGGAGUGCCUAUGGAUCGAUCGAUCAGUACACCUUUCAGUGAUGACGAGACACCCAAGUUUGUCAUGGAGGACGAUGCUGUGGAACUGAUGGAGCGCGGCGAACCUCAGUCAGUUGGUAGCGCGCCUACUGACCACCUGGAGACUCUGGAGGACGAGGAUGAUGACAGCUCAGAUGAUACCCAGGCCACCUCCUCUUCCUCUGAGCGUGCGAUCGAAACCUCGGAGGUCGUAGCCCCAUCAGACCUGGCGCUCUCUAUUGCUGAUGGCACUGUUUCUCAGAGCUUGCCAGACGCUAUUGUGGAGACAACGACGGGCCUAAUGUCGCAUGGAGUCGAUACCUGCAUUGUCGAGAAGCAGGUUGUUGAAGCACUGCCCGUUGGAGAUGCCAAGGUUGCCAUCUUGGAAGAGGAAGGGCCCGCGACGGCUGUUGAGGCUGUUGUAGACGCAGCCAGUGAUGAUCGCGAUCCAGCCAACCCAUUCAGCGACGCUGCGGCCAUCGACGACACUGAUUUGUGGCAAGCUACUAAGCCGUUGCUUGAAAAAUCUGAGAAGGAGGAACUCCUGUCUGAGCCUCUUGCCGACGCAUCUUCCCAGGAUUCGACUGUCGACGUUAAGGGUCUCAGUCCUGCCAUUGACGAAGGUGCGGAGGACGCUUGGGCAGAUCAGGGUCUAGAUGUGGCUGUCGAGCCUACACUCGACAUUUCAACACCUCCAACAAAGCACUCCAUUUCUGAGAUACACACGGAUGUCAACUCCGAGGCAGAGGAGACUCAAACUGCUGCUGACAACAUCGAUCAGGAUAUUAUUGAUGGCUUGGACGGCGACGCCUGGGAUGAUCAGGACUUGGAUAUCGCGGACAACUCCUCCACCCUCGUUCAGAUCACUGAGGAGUCGAAAGAGGCGCCAGUUCAUCAUGAGGUGCUGCCUGUCGUUGAGCAUUACGAGAGACAGCUGGAUAACUUGGAGGUGCCGGAGCAACCCUUGGUCGAGCCCAACGUGGAUGUUCAUGAUGUCGAGACUGCUGCCCAGCCUGGUCCUUUCGACGACUUGAAGGAGGAAGUAGCCGAUGAUGACUUGUCGGAGCUGUCUGCAGUCAAGGAGGUGGCCAUUGAAGCACAGGUCCCAAGCCCACUGCUGGAUAUUGAGACCUCCGCAGUCCAUGUCUACGGAACUCCUGCUUCUCAACACGUGGAUAUUCCGGUAACGACUCCCAAGGAAACCAUGCUGGAAGUGGAUGCAUGGGACAACCAGACCGAUGCUCUUGGUAUCGACACUGCCUUGGAAGAGGAUGCAUGGGCUGAUCAGGAAGACGCAGCCCCUUUCGACAUCCCUGGCGUGCCUGUUGUACCUGCCGCCGCCGUGAGCCAAGAGAGUUCUGUCUCCGAUCUCUUUGCCGACAAGUCUGACCAGCACUACAGCAAGCCUUCCUCUCCUGUCCGCGCGUUUGCUUUCUCACCUGCACGAGCUGAUUCUCCUGUUCGCGCAUCGGCCUCAUCGCCUGUUCGUGGAUUCUCUGCUUUCGCACGUUCUCCCACCAGCCCUCAAGAGCGCUCGGUCUCAGAUUUGUUUGGCGACAAGGCAGAGAAGUCCUACUUCAAGCCCGCGUCCCCAACUCGCGGGUUUGCAGCAUAUGCUGCCUACUCCCAUUCUGAUCACCAGCAGGAGAGGUCAGUCUCGGAUCUCUUCUCUGAUUCUCCUGUGCAACACCCCGUCAAGCCUGCUACACCUUUACCCGUCCCCGCAACUGCACCUGUCGAGGACGACCUUUUGAAGGAUGCUGUUGAGGAGGAUGCAUGGGACGAUCAGGACAUUCGCAUUGACGAGGAGUCCCUACCUGUUGCUACCAAGUCGGAACUCCUGCCUGUUGCCACCAAGUCUGAGCCAGAGCUAGAGCCUGAGUCGGUGACAACCGCAUUCGACGUCGAACAGUCUAUCGACGACGCCCCCGAGGGUGACGCAUGGGGAGAAGAUCAAGAUAUUCAGUUCGACCAAGAGCCCAUGCCUGCUGAGGCAGAACCUCACGUUGAAACACCCGCUGCAGCUGUUGAUGUCCAGGAGGUCCAUGAGCAUAUCGCUCACACCUCGGAGCAGACUUUGGAAUCCCACUCGACACAGGAGACGACAUACGCCUUGGACAUUAACCAGUCUAUUGAUGUUGCGGUUGAAGACGAUGUGUGGGACAACCAGGACGAUGGCAUGACUUUUGAGUCGACCUUGCUUCCUCAGCAUGAGCUUGAGCAGGAACCUCAGCAGGGACCUCAGCACGAGCCUGUCCAUAUUGCUCCAGAGACUGCGCCAGUCGAGGAUCUCGCCCAGGAAGAUGCCCACAAGCACCACGAGCCAACUGCGGAUACCCUCAGCAUUGGUCAUUCCCUUGAGGCCGCUAUCGAAGAGGAUGCAUGGGACAACCAGGAGGAUAUUACAUUUGGCCAAGAGUUCGAGACCCGCCAGGAACACCACCCUAUCAAGCUCUCCCACGAGCCUGUUCACUCGGAAGACAUCGUCGUAGAGGACAACUACCCCAUUUGUGAUGACAUCCCUGCCUCCCCUCUUGCAGAGACCCAAUUGACUGAGCAUAAUCCCGCAUCGAACCAACCUGACGAGCAUGAGGAUCAGCCGAUUCUGCCCAGCUUCGAGUCGCCUGCCCUCCCAACUCCCACUGACGCGGAGGUCGAGUUUGACCUUGACAAGGCUCUAGAGGACGAUGCUUGGAAUGAUCAGGACGCUGACGUUGGCCUUGAAUCUAUCGAGCCUGCACAUACCACCCAGGAUACCCAUGCUGCGACUGUCAUAAAGUCUCGAAACUUUGAUGCCAAAAAGCCCGAGGAGCGGACAUCGUUAACAGGCAGUAGGAUCGAAUCUAUCAAUCACCAGCCUCACGCCAAGACGGCGGUUGAUAUUGUCGAGGAUGCCUGGGGGUGGGAUGAGGACGAGGUUGGUGUUGAUCUUGAGAUCCAAAACGACAACGAGGCCACCACAUUUGCCCAGGACGACCAAGACAAAGCCGAGCACAUGGACACCUAUUCGCCUAUCGACGCUGAGGAAGUGACAACUGUUCAAGACAAGGCCACACCCGAUGCACAUUCGCCUACUCAAGUGCUCGCUGAGACGCCCAAAAACAACAUCCCCCCUUUGGCGAUCCAAAAGGAGCGUCUUGCCGCAGGAGCCGACAGUGGCGAGGGUGAGGCUGAUAGCGCCACUCAGAGUCCUUGGCAAGAUAUCUCGCCUGGGUCUGUAUCCAAGAGAAGCGAGGCAGGCAUGAGCAUUGGAUCCGAGUUUGAGUCGGAAUAUUCUGUGCGGUCGCUGGAUGAGGACGGUCAUGUCUCGUCAGCCUUUGAUCGCCACCAGCCUCAUGGACAAGACACAGGUGCAUCCUUGGCAGAGUCUGAGACGAAGAAGGCUUUGGAGACUACGAUGUCCUGGACCGAUCUCAAGGAUGACGAUGCAUGGGACGAUGACCUUCCUGAAAUUGGCCCCAUCAACCCUCCUACCGACUCCAAGGAGACUUCUGCACCAACAAAGGAGACUGAUAACAGCGCCGAUGCCCAGCAGCUUCCAGACAUUAGCGGUGCUGACAAUUGGGACUUUGACCAGGAUGAUGACAUUGAAACCGAGUCGUCUUCGUUGUAUGCAGGACUGACGCCCGCAUCUACACGAGCUAGCUUCUCGCGAUCCCUCAAGACGCCUGACAUGACCGAAAGCCGCUCGUUUGGAUCUCAGCCCUCGCCUCAGAACAGGACCCCUACAUUCAGCAGCAUCACGUCGUCGCCCGGACAGGUCUUGUCAUCAUACCAAUCUAGCAUGGUCGGAUCAACCCCUGCCUCUCCUAGCCAGGUUGCUGAACCUGCAAUCCCAGCGGCAGAGAUCGAAGAUGACUCUCAUUUGCCCCUCGCUAUCCGUCAACAACGCGCACGUCUUGCAGCUAGAGGAAAGCCCCUGCCUCCGAUCUCCAAGUACAAGAGCACCAAGGAGACUGCUGCAGAGCAGCAGUCUUCGCCCGUGUUGAGCUCAGCUUCUCCUCGUCUCGCCGCCGCUGCCGCCGUCGUCUCCCCUGGCAUCUCGUUCGCUUCACCCACGAAGACCCCUGUCAGCCCUGCGUUGAACCCUACGCCUGCUGCUAGUGAUCAAAAGUACCUCUCGCCUGCGCUGCAGAGGCAAAGGGAAAGACUUGAGAAGAAACGAGCCGCCAGUGCAGCUGCCGCUGCAGUACCCUUGAGCGCUGCUCGUCGCCUAGUACCUUCUGAGUCUUCUUCCUCGCAGGUUUCCAUCAAGCCUACAUCUCCCUUGAUCAAGGAGGCAGUGUUGCCCUCGGUCUUGAAGCACACUUUGUCCUCGCCCACUAGUGUCAGAAAGUCUGUUCACCUGGUGGAUCGAACAGACACCACGACGACUACUUCAUCAACAUUCUCGACCGAGGAAUUUGGUCACUCUACCCGUCGCCGAGGUUUGAGCGUGUCGUCGAACCAGAGUGCUCAGGCUACCUCGCCCUUGACUCCUACUGGCGACGGUGUCGUCCGUCGAAGCAAAGAAGGAAACCGUCCCAGUAUGUUCUCGUCGUUUUCUGCGGCCACGACUCCAACAAGCGCGACCUUCUCUGAGAUAAGCGAGUCGAAUGUUGUCAAGUCGACACAGAAUGACGCCUUCCGACUUGUUUCGCGGUUGUCGAUGUCGUCGUCAACGGUGGGCUCUGGGUGGGAUGAUACCCCUGAGGAAGAUGUCCAAAAUGAGGAGGAGAAGAAGAGCAGCAAGAUUGAAUCCAAGGUGACUGGUAAGGGUGUUGAUCGCAAGGAGGUCGUGUCACGUCCGGCGAUGUUCUCGUCCACCUCGUCGUCUUCGUUCUAUCAGCAGUCGGUUCCUGGCCUGGAUGAUGAUAAUAACUUUGGAGAACCGAGUGUCAAGUCGACGAGUGGUGACGGCUUAAGUUCCUUCGCCAGCGAUAUCAACACUACUACGACAACUACUUCGACGACGUCGUCGUACCUGAACAGCAAGAAGGCGGACGACUAUGAUCCCUACGGACCCAAGGCCUCUCACAAGGCCAAGUCCUCGUUCGAAGACCAGGAUCGGGACUCGUACGCAGAAGCGAACGAAGUUCUGAUUGGCCGGUCGGCUCCUUCUCAUGGAGUAUCGCUCUUAUCGCCAACCUCUGCUACCAGCAUGAGCCAUCGUCAUGACCCUCACCAUCAACACUUAUCGAGUAGCAGCAAGUUUGGAGGCGGUGGUAGCAUCAAGGAAGUGGCCCACACUAGUCACACUACCACGACCAGCAGCAGCAGUAGCGGUGGCGGCUUUGGCGGCGGAUUCUUUGGAGGCGGUGGCAGUGGAGGCAGCCUUGUUGGCGAUAUCAACAGUCUGUUGCAAGAGAAGAAGAACCCAGCUCCUACUUCUUCCUCUACCGGAUUUGGUAGCAGCAGCACCAGUGGCGCCAACCUCGGAAGCGACUACGAAUCCAAGAAGCCCUCAGCAGCGUCAAGUCAACCACCAUCGGCGGUCCAACAGAAACAACAGGGGCCUCCGAAAUCCAGCAGCUGGUCUUUUGGAUCCUGGGUCAGUUCUGCGGUUGCGGUCGCGACCGAGAAGAUUGAUCAGGCGUACGAAACCUUGGACCCUGAAUACUCCCGGAUGAAGGGCCGGUCGCCCAUGACGUCCAACUCUACUUCCUUUGCGUCCGAUGUUGGAGUUGAAGGCAGUGGUGAUCCAGAUAGUUUGAGCCCGUUCAAGAAGCCGGGGUAUGUCGUCGGUGGCAGUUCUUUGGCCCUGGGUCUUGCGUCCAUCUCUGCUCCUGGCAGCUCUGGCGCCGCUCCUGGAACUGGGCCUUCUACUCCUCAAGCACAAGCACAACGAUAUGGCCGUUCAUCUUCUGAGGCCCCUCUCUUUGCCAUGUCGAGUAGCAACAACAACAACAACAACAACAAACGAGAAGAAGAUAGCUAUGUCGAGGAGUCGUUUGCGAGUGCAGGAACCGAGUCGUCUGCCGAUUCGUAUGGUCGUCACGCCGGUCACGGUGGCAAUGCUCACCAUCGGGCUUCACAAAACACUUCUUUAGAGCGUGACCAAUCUCUGUCGCCCCGUUUGACGCGCAAGAACGUCCGGUAG